UUACAUUUAUUUCAGCAUCUCAUGAUUGACAUAUAAAAGUAGAACAAAAACUCAAGUAGGCAUCAAUUCCUUGAAAGAUUCAAAGCUUACGCCGCCUUCAAAAUGAAAUUCACAAUUUUUGCCUUGGCUGUUUUGGUUGGCGCCGCUAACGCUGCUGUUUUUCUACGGGCUGCAUCGGUGCCAGUUGUUCGCUAUUCUGUUCCAGCUGCCGUUCCAAUUGCACCAGUUGUUCGUUACUCUGUUCCAGCUGCUGUUCCAGUAGCUCCUGCUGUAGUCUCUGCACCAGUUACCAGAACCUUUGUCCAGGCUGCAUCAGUUCCAGUCGUCCAAUAUGUCCGUCCAUUGACUCCGGUAACCACAACAUAUGUUCGUCCCGCUACUUAUUAUACUCGUACCGAUUACUUGCGACAUAAAUAAUUUGCUUUGUUUUGUAUAGUUUA